AUGCUAAAAGCGCAUUCCAUAAUAUUGACGGCGAACAAAUUGCAGGAACUGGCAGCAUUACCACGCAAAUACGAGUAUUAUUUUAUGCCAAAUAAAUCACAAGUGCUUUUCUAUUUGAGCGAUGCAUCGUUACUCAGGAUCCGAAGGGCUGGCACCGAGUUACAGGUCACAGAUUCGAUAGACUUCCCUUUGUUUGAUAUCUGGAUGGAAUCGAAUUGUGCUAAAUCAACGAUGGUGCUAGAAUCGUACGGUAAAACCGUGCUUUUGAUAUCUGAAAGUUUAGGAAUUGGAUGCUUGUUGAGGCGAAAAUCUGAACCGCCAGUGGAUAGUGAUAAACGAACGAUAGCUAAAGUAUUGGCGACCGAAAACGCCUAUGGAAGAGCAACGGUAUGGGUGUGCAUUUUGGAAGGCUCAGGUCGCGAGAUUGCUCGUUUCGAGGAUUACAGUACGAUAUAUUUCACGAAAGAUGUUGGCGGAUUCCAGCUUAAGCUAUUGGCGCUUGCAGCAUUCGCACGUCUGGCUGCAACCGAAUGCAUCCAGACGCAGUCCUGUUGUUGUUCAUUCCUUUCUUUGUUGUUCCGCUGUUGA